UGGCGCCCGCAGACCGGCGGAGCGAGCCAGUGAGCCAGCGCGUCCCCGGCCCUGCCCGCACCAUGGCCCUGCGCUCUGGGAGCGCGCCCGCUUGAGCCCCGAGCCCCGCGCCGCCCUCUGUCAGAGCCCCGCGUCCCCGAGCCCCGCGUCGACGUCCCCGUCAUGCACGCGCACGCCCUGCUUGUGGCCGCGCUGCUCGCGCUGGCGCGGGCCCGGGAGCCCCCGGCGACGCCUUGCCCCUCGCGCUGCGACGUGUCGCGCUGCCCGAGCCCGCGCUGCCCCGGCGGCUACGUGCCCGACGCCUGCAGCUGCUGCCUGGUGUGCGCUGCUGGCGAGGGCGAGCCCUGCGGCCGCGCGCGGGACGCCCCGUGUGGGGAGAGCCUGGAGUGCACGCGUGGCGUGUGCCGCUGCCGCUGGGCCAGCCCGGUGUGUGGCACGGACGGCCGUACCCACGGCAGCGUGUGCGCUCUGCAGGCCGCCAGCCGCCGCGCGCUGCAGCUGUCGGGGACGCCGGUGCGCGUGCUGCAGAAGGGCGCCUGCCCCUCGGGUCUCCACCAGGUGAGCAGCCCACGGUACAAGUUCAACUUCAUCGCUGACGUGGUAGAGAAGAUCGCGCCUGCUGUGGUCCACAUCGAGCUCUUUCUGAGACACCCCCUGUUUGGCCGCAACGUGCCUCGGACCAGCGGCUCUGGCUUCAUCGUGUCGGAGGCCGGCCUGAUCGUCACGAACGCCCACGUGGUGUCCAGCACCAAUGCCGUCUCGGGCCGGCAGCAGCUGAAGGUGCAGCUGCAGAGCGGAGACUCCUACGAGGCCACCGUCAAAGACCUGGACAAGAAGGCCGACAUCGCCACCAUCAAGAUCCACCCCAAGAAAAAGCUCCCGGUGCUCCUGCUGGGCAACUCGGCGGACCUGCGCCCUGGGGAGUUCGUGGUGGCCAUCGGCAGCCCCUUCGCCCUGCAGAACACAGUGACCACGGGCAUCGUCAGCAGCGCCCAGCGGGAUGGCCGGGAGCUGGGCCUGCGGGACUCCGACAUGGACUACAUCCAGACGGACGCCAUCAUCAACUACGGGAACUCCGGGGGACCCCUGGUGAACCUGGACGGCGAGGUCAUCGGCAUCAACACCCUCAAGGUCACCGCCGGCAUCUCCUUCGCCAUCCCCUCCGACCGCAUCACGCGCUUCCUGUCCGAGUUCCAGGACAAGCAGAGCAAAGCCCCCUCACCGGCACUGCACUGACGCAGGGCUUCCUCAGGCCCACCCUCCUCCAGGACCCCAGGCCCAAGCACUCGGAGCCCAGGGCAGCCCAGAGCAGCGCUGUGAGGACUGGCAGUAGGAAGAACUGCCAUGGAGGACCCCAGGCCCCAGUGAAGCCAGCCUCAGCCAGGCCGGGCCUGUGCUUCCCGAGAAGCUGAUGGCGCCUCCUGCUGGACAGUGGGGUCAUCUGCCCUCCAGCCCUUUUCCUCUUGGCUGCUAGGAAGCUCCUUACCAGACCCAGGCUGCCCCUUGCUUCCCUUCUCUAAGGACUGAGCCUUCGCCUCAGCCCCCUGGGUGCUAGAAGCCGCUGGGGCUAUCAGGCUGGGGUGACCUUGGCAUAGAAAUGGGGUGCUGGUCUCCUUACCCUUCUCUUUCCCCUCAGACAGUCGCCCUGGGGGUCUGGGUUUGUGCCAUGUGUCCAGGGACUGCCCCGUCCCUGUGACCUCAUCCUGGCCCCUGGGGAUGCUCCCGCCAGAGCAGAGUCCCUCCCCAGGCACAGCCGGGACAGCUGGAGGGCCCCGGGUCUUCGCCAAAUAACAGAUCUAUAGGUUUAAAAUUCUCCUGAAGCUGGGGUUUGAUUUUGCUUUUCUUUUUCUUUUUUUUAAUAAAAAUGUCAAAUGAUCCAAACCCAGUUAAUCUAAAAUUCUUUAAAACAAUCUUUUAUGGAGUCAAGGAGAUGUGAAGGGUACUUCUUGAGCAUUUGCAAAAGAUCUAUUUCCUUUUAUCCAUCUUUUAUUUUGCUCUUUAUUUAUAACUUGAGUUUCUUGUAUAAGAGAAACCAUGGGACAUUUAAGCUUGAGUGAUUUAUUUCAUGUAACACGGUCUCCAGGUGCAUCCUUUUUCCUACAAAUGACUCAAGCUCAUCCUUCUUCAGGGCAGAGUAGUACUCCACAAUGUGGAGAUACCACAUUUUCUUCAUCCAUUCACCUGUGGAUGAACACCUAGGCUGCCUCCAAGGUUUAGCUACUGUGAGCUGCACUGUGGUGAACAUGGGUGUUCGGAUGCUGUAGGCAUCUCUUAUUCCCUUCAUGGGCCUGAUGCCCAAGCCGGCCUCUCCCUGCCCCGCCUCCACUUCCUCACCUGCAGGACCACAGCAGAGGCGCUGGUGCCUGCCCUGUAGCCUGUGCCCCUGUAGGCCAUGGGGAGAGACCCUAGGAGCCCCCGCCAAGAUGGAUGCUGCUGGGUGUGGUGCUGUAGGGCCGGGAGCUUUGGGGAGCAGAGGCUGAGGGACCCGCAGGGUGCAGGUGGAGCUAGAAGCUGGGCAAGCGUUUACAGAAAGGUGGGUGUGCGGGAGCCGGGGGCCAAAGGGCAGGACAGGAAGGGGCCCAUGCAGAUGGGGGGCCCGCCGGUGCCCC